CUGUCUCUCUCGCUCUUGCUCUGUGUGUGUGUGUGUGUACGUGCGUUCAUUAUAAUAUACACCUGUGCGAACAAAUUUCAAUCGACAGAUCGGGAUUUGAGUGCGUUGUUGGCCACUGCAACUGCGACGAUGGCAGUGUCCUGCCCAGAAGUUAUGUACGGUGCCUAUUAUCCAUAUCUGUAUGGGCGCGCAGGACCAAGUCGUUCAUUUUAUCAAUAUGAGAGGUUCAAUCAGGAUCUGUACUCGUCCUCGGGCGUGCAGCUGGCCGCCUCGUCAAGCGCCUCCGGCAGCUCCCAUUCCCCCUGCAGCCCCAUUUUGCCGCCCUCGGUGAGCGCCAAUGCAGCGGCAGCGGCCGUUGCUGCCGCCCACAAUUCGGCGGCUGCAGCCGUUGCGGCCGUUGCGAAUCAAGCCUCCUCCUCUGGCCUGCAGCUAGGCGGCGUGGGCGGCAGCGGUGUGGGCGUUGGCGUCGGCGUCGGCAGCGGACCGGCCAGCGGACUGCUCGGCUCUAAUCUGCCCAUUGGCAGCGGCGCCUCCAGCGCCGGUCUCGGCAUGAGUCCCGUGCUGAGCGGCGCCGGGCCCGGCCACGGCCUGCACAGCCGGACACAUCAAACCAAAGAAGAGGAUCUCAUCGUGCCGCGCAGCGAAGCUGAAGCGCGCCUGGUGGGCUCCCAACAGCAUCAUCACAACGAAUCAUCCUGCUCCUCUGGCCCGGACUCGCCGCGGCAUCCGCACUCGCACGCGCACUCCCACGCCCAUUCGCAUCCGCACUCGCUGCACGGCACGGGGCCAGCAUCCGCGGGCGGCGUCGGCUCAGCCACGGGCGCCAUGUCCAAGGAGCUGCCACUGGACACCAGCAGCAGCAGCGGAGGAGCCGGUGGCGGCGGAGGCGGCGGCCUGACCGGCAUCGGCGGCAGCAACAGCCAAGGACGCGCUCAAUAUCUGUCGGCCACCUGCGUUGUAUUCACCAACUACUCCGGCGACACGGCCAGCGUGGUCGACGAGCACUUCUCCCGGGCGCUCAACUACAGCAAUAAGGAAACAAAAGAUGGCAGCAGCCCAAUGUCGAGUCGCAAUUUCCCACCAUCGUUCUGGAACAGCAAUUACGUGCAUCCCAUACCCGCCCCCACGCAUCCACAGGUUAGCGACUUGUACGGCACCGCGACAGACUCGGGCUACGCCGCAGAUCCCUGGGUGCCGCAUGCGGCCGCCGCGCACUAUGGUUCCUACGCGCAUGCGGCGCAUGCGCAUGCAGCCCACGCGCACGCCUACCACCACAACAUGGCCCAGUACGGCAGCCUGCUGCGCCUGCCCCAGCAGUACAGCCACGGCACAAGACUUCACCACGACCAGCAGACGGCACAUGCCCUGGAGAGUGCGGCAGCCUACUCGAGCUAUCCGACAAUGGCAGGUCUGGAGGCUCAAGUGCAGGAAUCGUCAAAGGAUCUGUACUGGUUCUAGAUGACAGGCGGCCAGGCAGCAGGAG